AGAAGUCAGCUUCCCCAAAGCCAUAAGAAGAGAAUAUCAUUAUGAGAAUAGGAAUAUUCCAGGCGUUUUUAACUUUUAAAACCCGCUGUACGCAUUGACUGAUCCGCCCCCGAAGGCGACGUGGGAAAAAGACCACCACUUGCAUUUUCUUAUUAAUCUUUGCAAGGUAGUACAGAUAUUUUUGGAGUUAUUACACAAGUAAUUAGAAAAGCAGUUAAAAAUCAAACUCUCUUACUCUCACUCUUACUCAAAACUUGAAACUGGGGAGACAAAAGCAAACGCAACAUGGGAUCGGUGGCAAAGAAGGGACUGCAACAGUAUUUGUUACAGCUUCAGCGUCAUCCCUUGAGAACUAAGGCAAUUACAGCAGGAGUUCUGUCAGCCAUCAGUGACAUUGUAGCUCAGAAACUCUCUGGUAUACAGAAACUCCAACUUAGACGCCUUCUUCUUAAAGUGCUUUUUGGGUUUGCAUAUCUUGGACCAUUUGGGCAUUUCCUACACAUAAUACUGGAUAAAAUAUUCAAAGGGAAGAAGGAUACCCAAACAGUUGCCAAGAAGGUUUUGCUGGAGCAGUUGACAUCUUCUCCUUGGAACAACAUGCUGUUCAUGAUUUAUUAUGGUGUGAUUGUCGAGAGAAGGCCCUGGAUGCAUGUAAAAACUAAAAUAAAGAAGGAAUACCCAACAGUGCAGUUCACAUCAUGGACGUUCUGGCCGGUUGUGGGAUGGAUAAAUCACCAGUAUGUGCCACUACAGUUUCGUGUCAUUUUCCACAGUGUCAUUGCGUGUUGCUGGGGAAUUUUUCUAAAUCUACGAGCAAAGUCUAUGGCAUUGACAAAAGGCUAGAUAAAUGGCAGGAGGUGACCAGUACUUUUAUCUGAAAUGUGAAAUGCCUCUUCUUCCUAGAAGAUUCUGUAAUUGUAUUGUUCACAGGCUGCAUGUUUUUAAAAAGACAUCAACUUGAAAUAUAAUAUUUCAGAUCUCUAUCUAAUUACGUAUUGAUUAAUUUUAA